AUGAGAUUAGAGGAAUAUAUGGAAAAUCUAAAUGAAAUAACUAAUGAAAUUGAAGAGGAAGGAGUGCAACGGAGAGUUAGAUUGUACCUUUUUUGGUUGUGCGGCGGAAUAAUAUUUUUCGAUAAAUCUGGAAAUAAAUUUAGUACAGACUUUUUGAUUGACAUGCGUGACUUACCCGCAAUGUCAACACAGGCUUGGGGAGCCAUUGCGCUAUCGUACUUCUAUUUUUGUUUGUAUCGUGAGUCGAUGGAGAAGUCGCACUGCAUUAGUGGUUUUGUUUCGUUAUUACAGGUAUGGGCAUGGGAGCGUAUUGUCCCAUUGCAAUCACUUCCGCUGCUUUCGAGCGAGGAAAAUUCAGAGGUCCCGACCGCACACGCACGUAAAUGGUUUCGUGGUAGAACUCAUCAAAAUGAGGCUCGUAGUGUGCUUUUCAUAAUAAGAGAUGUAUUAGCCAAUCUUACUGAGAAGCAGGGUACACAUCGGAAUGAAUAUGAGCAACCAACAUUAGUUCAAGUUCGUUGACGAUCAGCUGGACCAAGAGAGAGAGCUCGUCGAGGUGGUGGAAGGAGUGGACAACAACGGAACGAAGUUCAUGUUGAACAUAACUUAGUUGAUGAAGAAAAUUUAAGUGAUCAUGGGGUACAAUAUGAAAGUAAUUUCAAUCUGUCGCUUGUUACAACUAAUGUUGAGCAAUAUUACCCCGCAUGUGAUAAUGUUGGAGCCUCGACUAGUGGAACAAAUUAUUCUCAUGAACAAAGUUUUGAUUUUAUAACUUCACCUGUUGGGGUAAGUGGAUUUAGCCAAUUUAGCGGAUACUUUUCAAAUGUUAAUCCCACAACUCGUCAAUAUGAAAUUAG